AUGUUUGCAGCUGCGCUGCUCAUUGUUUCUCUUCUUCCUACGACCAUCCUUGGGCUUCCGGCCUACAACCCUCAUGCCAAAGUCGUCCGCCGACAGUUGACUGGCCCUCCAUCCGGCUUCAUCAAGGGCGGAGACGCCAACGACGAUGACCUCAUUACGCUCAGCCUUGCCCUGCCGCAGAGCAAUGUAGCUGGCCUCCACGCUGCCGUGCUUGCCGUCAGCGAUCCAUCCAGCGCGAACUACGGCAAGCACUACUCCAAGGCUGACGUAGACGCUCUGGUCGCCCCCAAGCCGGAGUCGGUCGCGGCCGUGACCAGCUGGUUGAACAAGAACGGUAUCGCGGCCAACACGACCACGGGCGCGGGCGACGUCCUCCGCUUCACCAUCCCAGUCUCUCAAGCGAACACACUACUCGAUGCCCAGUUCAAGUCCUACGUCCACACGGAGACAAACACUACGACGAUCCGCACGCUGUCCUAUGCGCUCCCCGCGGCGCUGCAGGAGCAUGUCGCCUACGUGUACCCCACUACGCACUUCCUCCCGCCAGUUUCCAAGUCUGCGUUCUCAAUCAAGGGGGAUAAGCUGAGGCGGAGCAGGCGUCAGUCGAAACAGUCUCCCCGGCUGAAGCGGCAGAACAUUCCAGAUUUUUGCGAGACCGAAGUCCACCUGGUGUGCCUGCAAGAGUUGUACAAUGUUCCCACCGACCCGGCGACGCAGAGCAGCAACACGCUCUUUGUUGCUGGCUUCGACGCCGAGAUCGGCACUCAGCAAGACCUUGAGACGUUCCUUUCGGCCGACCGCCCUGACAUCGACCCAAACCAGCAGAUACAGUUUCUGUCUGUGGACGGUGUCCAAAACUUCAACGGUGGAACUGCCGAAGGAAGUCUUGAUAUUCAAACGGUGGUUGGCCUGGCGACGAACGUGCCCGUUACCUACAUAUCUAUUGGGAGCCCCGACACCACCUUCUUCUCGUUCUUCGACAUGGUCGCCUUCAUGCUCCAGCAGGAUUCCACUCCGAGUGUCUUCUCGAUGAGCUACGGUUCGAAUGAGUCCCCCGACUCUGAGACCGUUGGUUUCUCAGAGGUUGCAGAGACUAUCUGUAACGCCUACGCCCAGCUCGGUCUGCGUGGCACCUCGGUCCUCGUCUCUUCGGGUGACGAAGGUGUCGCGGGUGCCCUGAGCGGCGAAGCGUCAUGCCUUCCAGACGGGUCCUUCCGUCCGUCCUUCCCCUCCACCUGCCCAUUCGUCACCUCCGUCGGGGCAGCCCAGAGCAUCCCCGAAGUCGCCGCCCCGUACUCCUCCGGAGGGUUCUCCAUCGUCUUCCCGCGCCCGUCCUACCAGGACGACGCCGUGACCGGUUACCUGAACGCGCUCGGGACGACGAACCAAGGCCUCUUCAACACCACCGGCCGCGCGUUCCCCGACAUCUCCGCCCAGGGCACCAACUACAGCAUCGCCAUCAACGGCGUCACCCAGCUCGUCUCCGGCACCUCCGCCGCCGCCCCCGCCGUGGCCGCGAUCGUGUCCCUGCUGAACGACCGGCUGCUCAGCGCGGGCCAGCCCCCGCUCGGCUUCCUCAACCCCCUCCUGUACGCGGCCGCGGCGCAGGGCGCGCUGAACGACGUCGUGGGGGGCAGCAACCCGGGCGGGGCCGACUCGAACGGGUGCGGGACGGACGGGUUCCCGGCGCUGGAGGGCUGGGACGCGGCGACGGGCUUGGGCACGCCGAACUUCGCGGCGCUGCUGCAGCUCGCGCUCGCGGACCCAACCCGGACGCCGCCGGACGUGCCGACGAGCUCGCUCGCGCCGAUCGACACUGCGUCGUUCUUCGCGCAGCAGACGGCGAGCGUGCCAUUGAGCCGGGUCACGCAGGUGGUGGGUCAGGCGAUCGCGCAGGGCAAGUUCGUCGAGCUGCUGCUCGGGGUGUAA